CUCCGCCACUCUGAUUCUUCUCACCCUUUACGACUCAAUCUUUAUGCCUGUCUACCUGUCCCCAUCUGCUACUCGUCUACUCAAGUUUGCAAAAUUCCACUAGAUAAUUCAUUAUUGUAUGUGAGAAACUCUUUCCAAAGCAAUCACCGGACAUUAAUGGAAAAAUCAAGUUCUUUACUUCUGCUUCUUCUUUUACUCCAUGUUUCCUUUCCAUGGGCUAGUUCUAAUUCAGUCUAUGAAACCUUUCUCCAAUGCUUAACUCAUCAAGCAAACUCCACACAAGUCUCCAACAUAGUCUACAGCCAAACAAAUGCAUCGUACACCUCAGUUUUACGAGCGUAUAUCAGGAACGCCCGGUUCAAUUCUUCAUCAACGCCAAAGCCUUUCCUUAUCAUGACCCCAUUACAAGAAUCCCAUGUUCAAGCAGCCGUUAUUUGCACCAAACAAGUUGGCUAUCAGCUCAAAAUCCGCAGUGGCGGCCACGACUUUGAGGGCAUAUCGUAUAUCUCUGACCACCCCUUUUUUAUUCUUGAUAUGGGGAAUCUACGAUCUGUAUCUGUUGACAUAAGAGAAGAGACGGGGUGGGUUGAAGCCGGCGCCACAUUGGGUGAGGUUUACUAUGCGAUUUGGGAAAAGAGUAAAGUUCAUGGCUUUCCAGCUAGUAUUUGCCCCAGUGUUGGUGUCGGUGGGCAUUUGAGUGGCGGCGGUUAUGGCAAUAUGUUGAGAAAAUACGGCUUGUCGACUGAUAAUGUUGUGGAUGCAAAGAUUGUUGAUGUUGAGGGGAGAAUUCUUGAUAGAAAAGCAAUGGGGGAGGAUCUUUUUUGGGCGCUUAGAGGAGGCGGUGGAGCAAGUUUUGGGGUUGUUUUAUCUUAUAAAAUCAAGUUGGUUGCUGUUCCUGAAAUGGUUACUGUAUUCAGAAUUGAAAGAGUUUUGGAAGAAAAUGCGAUUGAGGUGGCCUAUAAAUGGCAGCUUGUGGCACCAGUGACUGAUAAUAAUUUGUUCAUGAGAAUGCUUAUACAGCCCAUUACUCGAAAUAAGAAUAAGACAAUUAGAAUAUCGAUUGUGACAUUGUAUUUAGGCGGGGCUGAGAGUCUUGUGUCUCUGUUGGCUAAGGAUUUUCCUGAACUAGGGUUGAAGAAAGAAAAUUGUAUGGAGAUGAGUUGGGCUGAUUCAAUUCUUUGGUGGUAUAAGCUUAACAAUGGCACUUCAUUUUCAGCAAGUGCUCUGCUUGAUAGAGAACUUGACUCAGCUAUUUUCUUGAAGAGGAAAUCAGAUUAUGUUCAGAAGCCAAUUCCGAAGAAUUCCUUGAUGUUGUUGUUUGAAACUUUGAUCGAAUUGGAUAAAACUGGACUGGUUUUCAAUCCAUAUGGUGGGAGAAUGAGUGAAAUUUCAUCAUCUGAGACAGCAUUUCCACACAGAGCUGGGAAUUUGUUCAAGAUACAAUACUCAGUGAAUUGGUAUAAGCCUGAUAUUGAGGUUGAAAAGAACUGCACAUUUCAGAUAAGAAGCCUUUACAAUUUCAUGACUCCAUUUGUGUCAAAAAAUCCUAGGAGGGCUUACUUGAACUACAGAGAUCUUGAUAUUGGCAUUAAUCACAAUAGAAAAGACAGUGUUAACGAAGGUGAAGUUUUUGGGUUGAAGUAUUUUAAUGAGAAUUAUGAGAGAUUGGUGAAAGUAAAGACAAUGUUUGAUCCAGAAAAUUUCUUCUGGAAUGAGCAGAGUAUCCCUCCUCAGCCAAGUGUAAAAAGCAUGCAAUGGACCUCCAACUCAAUUUCCUGGAAGCUGCUUGGAGUUCUUUUCUUGAUGUACUCGCUUCUCUUUUGUAGAAUUAUAUUGACAUAAAGGAGUUUUCAUUAUUGCAAUUUUUGACUCUGGAUCUUCAGUGGGACGUAUCGUUAAGGCCUUUUUUUUUUUUUUAAAUAAAUCCAAAUUGGCACA